AUGGCGCCUCUACCUCCCACCAUUCAGACGCUCUCCACCCGUCUGACCGCUCUGACAGAGGCCAACAAGUCUGUCGGCCAACUCACACAGCGACUUGCCAAGUUAGACUUCCAGCCUGGAUCUCAGCCGCUGAACGGUGAAGAGGGGGAUGUGCGUCUGGAACUCAGUGCUGAGAUACACGAGAACUUGAAAGGCAUUGAAGAGGAGCUCGAGCUGCUGAGACAAGAGGUUGAAGAUGUCCUGCAGCAGGGCUCUGGACUCUCUGGAAAACGACGAGACAGUACAAGGGAGAGUGAGCGAUCUAGGCUUGCAGUUCUCCUUGCACGGUUAACAGAGGACUUGAAGUUAUCAAGAUCGCAAUACCGCAAAGCCCAACUUAGCGCCAAACACAACGCCGAACGCGCAAAGCUCAAGGAACGAGAGCUCCUCUUCUCGAGCCUGCAAUCCGGCGCCUCGACACCGUCAUCCGCCUACCGCCAACGCAAGCAAAACAAAGGCCUUGCGGAAGAGGAAAUCGUCGCGCAAGCCUCCUCAGACGUUACAGCCGCCCUACGACGAACACACCAGUUGAUGCAAAGCGAGCUGUCGCGCUCUCGAUUUGCCCAAGAAACUCUCGAACAAUCCACCGCCGCACUCGCCGACCUAGGGGAGAAGUACUCUGACCUCACCACGCUCCUCGCAAACAGCAGGACCCUCGUCACCACCUUGCUGAAGAGUACCAAAAGCGACACCUGGUACCUCGAAACCACAUUCUACAUUCUCAUCACGACCAUUAUCUGGCUGAUCUUCCGCCGCUGGCUAUACGGACCGCUAACGUGGUUCCUUGUUUGGCCGCUCAAGCUGAUAUUUCGUGUCGUCUUCGGCGUUGUUGGGUUCAGCACCGCAGCAAGCGCAACAUCAUCUAGCAUUGCAGUCGCCUCGGAACCAAGCACAAGUCUCAUCGUCAAGCCCAGCGCUACAGGUGGCGCACCUAGACGGAACAGCGAUUCCAGCGCUCCACCACCGCAGAAGUACGUACGCGUUGGCGGCGGAGGCAGAGGCUAUCGCCAAGGAGAUCCAAGUCCGCCCGACUCGUUAUCUCAGCAAGUCGGCCAGAUGGCAGAGCACACGCAACAGCAGCAACAGGAGGAGGUGGCGGAGCACCCUCAGUUAAGGGCGAACCGACAGCAGCCAGACAAAGAGGGCCCUGUGGUUCGAGGCGAUGGGACGGUGUUGGAAGAAAGCGACAAGCCGAGGAAUCCGAAGAAGAAGAUGUGGGAGGAGGAUGUAGAGAGUGCGAAGCAUGGUCAAGCGCAGCAGGUGCAGCAGCAGGUGCAGCAGCAGGAAGGAGUGGGGCAGAGGAGGAAGCGGGAUGAGCUGUAG